AACAGACUCAACACAAAAAAAGUGUUAAUUCUACUCAUUCAUCUUGACCAAUCACCAGUUUAUCACUACAUUAUUUCCCCUUCAUUUUCUUUCUACUUUAAAACACUCUUUCAACAAAUUUUACUUAGUUGAGUUUUGCAGAAACUUUGUUGUUCCUUUUUAUUGAUGUUUAUGUUUUACUAUACACAUUUUUUGAUGAACUUCCUGUGACCAGAGGACAAUUCUGUCUGAACAUCGUACUCUACCCCUUACCCCCUCACCCCGACAUCAAGAAACCUCUUCUUCACUACUGGGGUACUGUUGUUUGUACAAGCAAAACACCUGCAGCAGCCGUCAUACCAAAAAUACCUCUAAUUAACAAACUCAAGAUUGUGCCUGAAAAUACCCAUCAAGAAACUGGUUUUCUUGAAUAUUUGGAGAUUAUAAGAUGGAGGGGUGUUCUUAAAUAGUUGAAAGAAUUGAUUUUUAUGCAGUUGGUUGGUGCUGGUGUUUGUUUUCAGUAAGAUUAGCUACAAAGAUUCUAAAGAAUUGAUUUUAUAUGCAGUUGGUUGUGCUUUUCAGUAUGACGAGUCAUAAAAGAUGUCAAGAAUAUUUUUCACUAAAUAGGGUGAUGAAAUUUUUAGUCUCUGUCAUAAUACUUCUGAGUUGUAGUUUUUUUGUGGUGGUGUCAAAUGCAAGCACACUGCCUGAAAAUGAUCAAGUAGGGAGGUUAUUAGCCUUCAAGAAGUCCUCUGUUGAAUCUGAUCCAAAUGGAUUCUUGAAUGAAUGGACUUCAUCUUCUUCAAGUCCUUGCACUUGGAAUAGGAUUUCAUGUUCAAAUGGUCAAGUUGUUGAGAUUAAUCUGUCUAGUGUUGGGCUUGGUGGUCCACUUCACCUCACUGAUCUCAUGGCUUUGCCUACUUUGCUAAGAGUUAAGUUUAAUGGCAACCAUUUCUAUGGCGAUCUUUCCUCAAUAGCUAGUUCUUGUAGCUUUGAGUUUCUUGAUUUAUCAGCUAAUAGUUUCUCUGAGGUUCUUGUUUUAGAGCCUUUGUUGAAGUCUUGUGAUAAAAUUAAGUACCUAAAUGUCUCUGGGAAUUCAAUUCAAGGGGUUGUUCUAAAGUUUGGACCUUCACUGUUGCAGCUUGACUUAUCAAGUAACACCAUUUCAGAUUUUGGCAUUUUAAGUUAUGCACUGUCUAAUUGCCAGAAUUUGAAUCUGCUUGAUUUUUCCUCAAAUAAUUUAAUUGGAGAACUCAAUGAUCUUGAUUUUGGGACUUGUCAAAAUCUCACUGUCCUAAAUUUGUCUUUCAACAACCUUACCUCAACUGAGUUUCCACCCUCUUUGGCAAAUUGCCAGAGCCUCCAUACACUGAACAUUGGCCAUAAUUCGAUCCGAAUGGAGAUUCCUAGCAAGUUAUUGGUGAAGUUGAAGAGCUUGAAGCAAUUGGUGCUAGCCCACAAUCAGUUUUUUGAUAAAAUCCCAUCAGAAUUGGGGCAGAGUUGCAGCACACUUGAGGAGGUUGAUCUUUCUGGAAACCGGCUUACUGGUGAACUGCCUUCAACUUUUAAAUGGUGCUCCUCACUUUUCAGUCUCAAUCUUGGUCACAAUGAGCUAUCUGGUGAUUUCUUGAAUACUGUUAUCAGUUCAUUGACAAAUCUUAGGUAUCUUUACUUGCCAUUCAACAACAUAACUGGUCAUAUACCAAGGUCUUUGGUGAACUGUACAAAACUUCAGGUGCUCGACCUCAGUUCCAACGCAUUUAUAGGGAAUGUACCUUCUGAGUUGUGUUUAGCAGCCUCGGGCUUUCCACUGGAGACGAUGUUGUUAGCCAGUAAUUAUCUUACUGGAACUGUUCCUAAACAGCUUGGACAUUGUAGGAACCUCAGGAAGAUUGAUCUCAGCUUCAAUUACCUGACUGGUUCGAUCCCGUUGGAGAUUUGGACCCUUCCAAAUCUUAUGGAAUUGGUAAUGUGGGCUAAUAAUCUCACCGGUGAAAUUCCUGAGGGCAUUUGCAUCAAUGGAGGAAACCUUCAAACACUCAUUCUAAAUAACAAUUUCCUCUCAGGGGCACUUCCACAGUCCAUUUCCAAUUGUACCAAUUUGGUUUGGGUUUCGUUGUCCAACAAUCGACUUUCUGGAGAGAUGCCACAAGGAAUUGGGAAUCUUGCAAAUCUUGCUAUCCUUCAGUUGGGUAAUAACUUACUUACUGGACCAAUCCCUCGGGGAUUAGGUAAGUGCAGGAACUUGAUAUGGCUAGAUUUGAAUAGCAAUGCUCUAACAGGUUUGAUCCCUCUUGAACUUGCUGAUCAAGCUGGCCAUGUUAAUCCAGGAAAGGUUUCUAAAAAACAGUUUGCUUUUGUGAGAAAUGAGGGUGGAACUGAAUGCAGGGGUGCUGGUGGACUGGUUGAGUUUGAGGGUAUCCGUGAAGAGAGGCUUGAGAUUUUGCCUAUGGUUCACUUGUGUCCAUCAACUAGGAUCUAUUCUGGCAGGACGAUGUACACCUUCACGAGCAAUGGGAGCAUGAUUUACCUUGAUCUUUCCUACAAUUCUUUAUCAGGAACUAUUCCUGAUAAUCUAGGUUCAUUGAACUUCCUUCAAGUUGUGAAUUUGGGACACAACAAUUUAACUGGAACCAUUCCAUUCAACUUUGGAGAUCUAAAGAUAGUUGGAGUUGUUGAUCUGUCACAUAACAACCUACAUGGAUCCAUUCCGCCCUCGUUAGCAAGUCUUUCAUUUCUUAGUGAUCUUGAUGUUUCAAACAACAACCUAUCGGGAAUGAUUCCUUUUGGUGGACAGCUGACUACAUUUUCAGCUUCAAGAUACGAAAACAAUUUGGGCCUUUGUGGCAUCCCCCUUCCUCCUUGUCGCCCAGGCAAUGAACACCAUUCAUCCACUAUUUACCAUAACAAGCCUACAACUAUACGAAUGGUGCUCUCGUUUGUAUGUUUUAUUAUUAUCUUACUUGUUGGUAUCUGAAAUAUAUAAGAAUAACUGCACCAGAAACUCUAAUUGGAUA